AUGUCCAAUAGGCCUAUAUCCAAAGCCUACAUGUCUUCCUUGUCGGAUCGCAUCUCUAUGCUGGAGGGAAUGUUGCUGGAAAAAGGAGUCGCACCUCCUCCUGCCGCCCACCCCCCCAAGACAAGACACGAGGCUCAACCAAAGACCUCCGAAGAGGAGCGAAAGCAUCAUGGCACACAACAGAAGGCUCGCGAGUCAUCCGAAAGAUCACCUCAAGCAGAAGUACCCUCCCCACCAGACUCUGCUAAUGAGGACUACACGAUGCAAGACAGUGACCGCGCAGAUAGCGCUCAUGCCGACGGACCAGUCUCUGCAAGCCAGAUCUUCCAACCGCUGCCGAAGGAGCAGUCUCCAUUCCGGAUGCUGGACCCAAAACAAGAAGACAUUGUCCAUCGCCUUCUCUCAACAAAAGGAAACCUCUCAUUCGAUCAACUGUCUGGGCGGCUACGUUUCUUCGGGCCCACUGCCAACUCACAUGUAUACGCAGAGCCCUCAGAUCAGUUUGAUUUCCGCGAACCUCCAGAGCAAGUCCGACGAGCCGAGCGCAUGAUCAGGUCCAUCACGGCAGAAACUCACGAUUAUCUCAUGGACAAUUUCUGGACUCAUUAUAAUUCAGUGCUGAAAGUCAUACACCAGGAGGCUUUCGAUGCCGACAGAGAGUCGCAGAACCCAAAGUUCUACUCUUCGUUUCUUCAUAUUUGCAUCCUUGCCAUGGCGUUUCGUUUCGCAGACGCCGACAGGGAUGACAUGAAGAGAAUUGCGUUGGGCGGUCGAGAGAGUACGCUGCAUCGGGAGGCCAAAUAUAUGCUCGAUAUCGAGCUCGAACGCCCCGGCGGCAUCCCCAGCGUGCAAGCCCUCCUGCUCCUCGGCGAUCUGGAAUGCGGUGUCGGCAGGGACAACACCGGCUGGAUGUAUGCUGGUAAGUCAAACGCGAUGCAUCUCGCCAGCACCACGGACUAA